AUGCUGACUACUAAGUACUCAAACAAGAUGAUUGAUGUGCCUUCCAGGUUGUCUGGCAACAAACAUCUUCCUGAGAUGGUGCACGAGUAUAACCAGCAUAUGAUGGGUGUCGACAGGAUGGAUCAGAUGAUGGCGUACUACGCUUUUCAGCGGAAGUCCAUCAAAUGGUGGCGCAAGGUUUUCUUCUGGUUGUUGGAGGUAGCAGUAAACAAUGCACAUGUACUGUACAAGUCACACACCAGCAGCUCUCGGAAGAUGUCACUGAAAGAGUUCAGGAGAGAAUUGGCCGUUCAGCUGUGCCGAGGGGUUGUGCAGGAAGAUAGUUUGGGGUACCAACGAAUGGACCAGAGUGUCGAGAGACUUCGAGGGCGGCACUUCCCUGAUCAAGGCAGGAAGAGGAGAGAUUGCCGUGUCUGCAGUGACCGCUGCUCUGUGGGGGGAAGAUCACUGGUGAAGUCAUUUUGCAGCACAUGCUCUGACAAGCCAGCACUGUGUAUGGGAGACUGCUUUCUCACCUACCACACCCGGACUAACCUCAAAUAACCGGUGCUUUCUCUACCCGCCUAGUUCUACCAGAAUAUAUAUACCUACGCACACAUUCAUUGGAUAUACACGAGAAACAAGUAUCUUUUACCUCUGAGACUUUCUUGAAGGAUUGA